AUGACUGUAUACUCUUUUUAUAUCUUCGACAGGCACAGAGCCAGUGCCAUCAGUAAUGGCGACGUACCAGGCGUCAACUCCAAAGCCCUGUCCAACGAAGACGAUGCAAAACUGAUCUUUGGUUCCAUCUUUUCCCUUCGUCGUAUGGUGCGCCAGUUGGGCGGUGAAGAUGACAGUUUCCUGUCGUAUCGCACUGGAGAGUACAAGUUGCAUUACUUUGAGACAGCGACGAAUCUCAAGUUUGUGAUGCUUACAGAUACGCGCAUAGCGAGCAUGCGUACUGUGUUAUACCAGAUAUGGGCCAAUCUCUACGUCGAAUACGUCGUCAAGAGUCCCAUCUCCCCUGUUGAGCACACUGGUGGUGUUGGAGUUGCAAACGAACUCUUUGAAGGAGCCCUUGAGAGCUUCAUUAACACUGUAUUUCCUCCUUCUUGA